AGCGCAGAGCGAGCGGCGGCGGGCGAGUGCUCCGCCGCAGCGACCCGCGGGCCAGCGGGCUAGCGAGCCAGCGCAGGACCCGCGGCUGGGCCCGCGGCCGCCGCCGGACCGGGAGCCAGGCCGCCGCCCCCAGCCCAGCCCCCGGGGCCUCAGGACCGCCGGGGCCUGGCCGCCAGCCGGGCGUGCUCCAAGUUCAGCCGCCACCGGCACGGCCAGGCCAGCAUGGUGGACCACUUGCUUCCAGUGGACGAGACCUUCUCGUCACCGAAAUGCCCAGUUGGUUAUCUGGGUGACAGGCUGGUCGGUGGGCGGGCGUACCACAUGCUGCCCUCGCCCCUCUCCGAGGAUGACAGUGACGCCUCCAGCCUCUGUUCCUGUGCCAGCCCGGACUCGCAAGCAGUCUGCUCCUGCUAUAGCGGUGGCCCGGGUGCUGAGGGCCAGGAUAGCAUCUUGGACUUCCUGCUGUCCCAGGCCACACUGGGCAGUGGCGGUGGCAGUGGCAUUGGGGCCAGCAGUGGCCCCAUGGCCUGGGGGUCCUGGCGGCGGGCACCAGCACCUGUGAAGGGGGAACAUUUCUGCUUCCCCGAGUUUCCUGUGGGUGACCCUGAUGACGUCCCAAGGCCCUUCCAGCCCACCCUGGAGGAGAUUGAAGAGUUUCUGGAGGAGAACAUGGAGCUGGGGGUCAAGGAGGCCCCAGAGGGCAGCAGCAAGGACUUGGAGGCCUGUGACCAGCUCUCAGCCGGGCCACACAGGAACCACCUCCAUCCUGGGUCCAGUGGGAGAGAGCGUGGCACUCCCCCUCUGGGCAGUGCCAGUGUGGGUGGCAGCCAGAGUCCGGGUGGGGGGCCCACAUCUGACGGCCCCAUCCCCGUGCUGCUGCAGAUCCAGCCUGUGCAGGUGAAGCAGGAGUCGGGCAAUGAGCCUGCCUCCCCUGGGCAGGCCCCGGAAAGUGUCAAGGUAGCCCAGCUUCUGGUCAACAUCCAGGGUCAGACCUUUGCACUGGUGCCCCAGGUGGUGCCCUCCUCCAAUGUGAACCUGCCCUCCAAGUUCGUGCGUAUCGCCCCUGUGCCCAUCGCUGCCAAGCCCAUUGGGUCGGGACCCCUGGGGCCUGGCCCCGCCGGCCUACUCAUGGGCCAGAAGUUCCCCAAGAAUCCAGCGGCAGAACUCAUCAAAAUGCACAAAUGUACUUUCCCCGGCUGCAGCAAGAUGUACACCAAGAGCAGCCACCUCAAGGCGCACCUGCGCCGGCACACAGGCGAGAAGCCCUUUGCCUGCACCUGGCCGGGCUGCGGCUGGAGGUUCUCCCGCUCGGACGAGUUGUCGCGGCACCGGCGCUCGCAUUCGGGCGUGAAGCCCUACCAGUGUCCCGUGUGCGAGAAGAAGUUCGCGCGGAGCGACCACCUCUCCAAGCACAUCAAGGUGCACCGCUUUCCCCGGAGCAGCCGCUCGGUGCGCGCGGUGAACUGAGCGCCCGCCGGCCCCGCCCCCUCACCCGCCCAGUUCUUUUGUAGCAAUAAUUUAUUUGCCUCUUCAGAGGCACGUGACGAUGUUGCAAACCCACCUUCUGGAGCCCGGGAGGUGCAGGAAGAGAGGGGCUUGCCUGGGAGGCGGGAACCGGAGCCGCCCGGCCCGCUGCCUUUCCCGGGAAGACCUAGAGCCACGCCCGGGUCCCUGGGGUCUGAGCCCCUAGCACCCGCGCAGGGGGCCCUGCCUUCCCGCCUUUGUGCCUUCGUGCCUUCCAGCGGGCCGGCCUGUGCUGCAGCGGCGCGGGGAGCCUGGACCUUCUCCCACUGGGCUCCCUGCCUGGGCCAAGGCCGGCGCUUUUUGCUCAGAAGAAGAAAUGUGCCGUUUUGAAAUGUCAGUUCCCAGAGGGAGCUGUGCUGGGAAGAAGGAAGUAGGCCAGAAGUCCAGGGCUGCACUGUGGUGUGAGGGUGGCUUGGUCCCAGACCUCUGGCUCAGCCUGACUGCCGGAGGAGGAGGAGGAGGAGGAGGGUACGGGAAGGGCCGUCAGGGGUUUAGAACCUGGCCUCUGGGCAGAUAAUGGAAUUAGGGUGAAAAGCCCCCUCUUUGGGGGGGGGGGGGUGUCUGGCAGUGCAUGUGCUUGAGUUAAACAGUGCGGGGCAGACAGGUGCAGUCUAGGUACCCAGCAUGGCUCAUCCCCUCGUCCUGUUUCCAGACAAAUCCAGACACCAGCCUCCAGGAUCACCUUGGGGAAAAGAGGGGAGCAGGCUGCAUUGCGUGUAGACGAACUAGAUAGAGCCUCCGAAUCCUGAUUUAGAAAUGCAUUCCUUAUUUUGUCUAGAAAUUAAUAUCAAAUGAACUAGCUUGUUUUGACAGGUUUAUUUCACAUCCUAUGAAUGUAUGUAAAUAAGCUGUACAUAGGUACAUCUACAUAAAAUAUCUUUUAAUAACAUAUCAACAUUUGUGUACAUUUGAAAUUAAAAAAAUCUAUAAAGCUGGUGUACAUAUGUUACAAUUAUGUAUAUUUUCUUUGGUCCUUCAUAAAAAUAUAUUUA